AUGAUUGUUGAUUCAAAUAAAAUUAAAAUUGAAACUAUUCCAGUUAUUGAUGACUCAUUGAAAAAAAGAAGAAACAUUAAAUUAUUGGAUAAAGUGACAUUUGUAAUGUCAUUUGGUAUAGUUUUAUUAACAGAAUAUAUUAUGUUACGAAGAGCAGAAUUAAUACCAAUUUUAUAUUUAAUGUUAUUAAUUCCAUUAGUAACAGCUCGAUUUCUUGUGUAUCGAAUGUCUAAAUGGCAAUUCUUUUUAUUAGAUUUUUGUUAUUACACUAAUGCAGGAGUAAUUACAACGUUAAUAUCUAUUUAUUGUUUUAAUAGUGUAUCACCACUAUUUGAAAUUAUGUUUGUUAAUUGUGCUGGACCUUUAUUAAUGGCAAUUAUAUUAUGGACAAACAGUUUUGUUUUUCAUGACCUUACUAAAUUAACUUCUAUUGUUAUUCAUUUCUUCCCUAAUUUAGUUCUUUACUACCUUCGAUGGAAAAGUUCAUUCCCAAUUCCAGACCACCUUACUUUUCUUACUGGAUUUGUUUAUCCAUUAAUCUUUUAUAUCUCAUGGCAAGUUAUUUAUGUCAUUAUCACAGAAGUGAUUUAUAAAGAUAAAAUUUAUAACGGAGGUUAUAUGACUUCUCUUCGUUGGUUGUGCCAAAUUAAACCACAUAUGCUUCACCAAUUUGUUACUAAAAAAUUAGGAUUAUUUAAAGACUCUCCUUUGAAUGUCAUGAUUUGGACUCAAUUAGUUUAUACUAUAGUAACUUAUAUCCCCUGUCUUUUUGUUUUACAAUUACAGAUGGUUACAUAG